AUCAUCCUGGAAACAUUUUGAAUCAAAAUUGCUGAUUAAAAAAGUUAACGAACGCACAUUUACGAUCCUGUAACAGCAAAGGGAGUACAUGGAGAAGAAGACUGAGGAGGAGAACUCUUAUGAAGCUCUCGAGAAGGAGUUUCAACAGGUGCUCAGUGAACUUCUGGAGGACAAAGCUCUGGACAAGUUCCGCUUGGAGUACGAGAAGCUUACCAAAACCCUGAAGAAGUACCAUGAGAGUGAGAAGAGGUUGAUGACAAAAUGCCGUGAGCUGAAUGCCGAGAUUGCUGCCAACUCGGUCAAAGUGGCCACGGCCCUGAAGUUGUCUCAGGAGGACCAGACGACCAUUACUACGCUGAAGGAGGAAAUCGAGAAGGCCUGGACCUUGGUUGAUGCAGCCCAUGCGAAGGAGCAGCAGGCCAAGGACACUAUCCAAUCUCUGAAGCAGGAAAUAGCUACUCUCCAGGAACAAGGAGCUGGUUUAUCUAAAGCCCAACAACACAGUGUGGAUGACCUGUUGAAGGCUAAGGAACAGCUGACGGCGGAGAGAGAUGAGCUGCUGUCCGAGGUCGUGGUCCUUCGGGAGAGCCUCAGCCGGGCAGAGGCCAGUCAACAUGAGGCCGAAGCGGCGAAGAAGAGGGACCAGGAGACCAUUUCACAGCUGCAGCAGGAGAUCCAGGUGCGGCAGAACGAGUGCUCGCGGGAGUCGUGGCGCAAAGAGAAGCUGGAUAAGGAGUUGCGGCAGGUGCAAGGCGAGCUGGAGGCCAAGCACGCGGAGAUCAGUGCCUUGAGUGCUCAGUGCCAACGAGCCAAAAAUGAGCAGCAAAGGCUGGAGCAACAGCUCCGCGAGCAAAAGAUCGUGACUGAGAGGACCAACAAGGAGCUGGAGCAGCUGCAGCUACACAGCACCAAGCUGCAACAGGACAACGAGCAGAUCACCCUCAACCUGGAUCAGCUGUCUUUCAACAACAACCAGCAAGCCUCCGAGCUGAAGAUGAAAGAGGAAGAGGUGAGUAAGCUGAAGCAGGAGAUCAUCAAGCUCACCAAGACGAGGGAGGCCAUCCAGAAGAAGUUACACCUGGUGGAGGAUCAGAAGCUGGAGGUGGAACAGCAGAGAGACACACUGAAGAACCAGACUGCAGGCCUGGAGAGAGAAAUGGAGACAGCAAAAAAUCAGGCAGAAAAGGACAAAAAGAAGAUAGAGGAACUGGUCAAGGAGAAGGACGUCCUCAAUAAGAACAUGAUCAAGGCGGCUAGCGCCACCGAGAAGCAGCUGGACCUGGCCAAGCUCCAUGAGCAGACCAAGAAGUCGCUGGACCAGGAGGUCCUCACGUACAAGGCCGAGGCACAGAAGCAGCGCAAGAUCAUCCUGCAGCUGGAGAAGGAGCGGGACAAAUACAUCAACGAGGCCAGCACGCUCACACAGAAGGUCUUGGUGCAUAUGGAGGAAAUCAAAGCGCAGGAGAUGCAGAUCUUUGAGUACAAGAAGAAGAUCGCUGAGGCUGAGACCAGGUUCAAGCAGCAGCUGAACCACUUUGAGGAUGUCAUGUCCGACCGCAACCGCUACAGCCAGAACCUGAUCGAAGCUCAGCACGAGAUCACAGAGCUGAAGCGCAAGCUGCAGAUCAUGAACCACCAGAUCGACCAGCUCAAAGAGGAGAUCGGCAGCAAGGAGGCGGCGUUGAUCAAAGGGCACCUGGAGUUCCAGCACACAGAGAGAGAGAAGGUGGCACUUAAGGCUGAGCUUCAAAAGAUGAAGCAGGAGGCCCAGGAAAUCAAGCGGGUCAGAAACGAUCAGGAGGUCGAGGAACGCAAGCUGCUGAAGAUCAUAGCGGAUACCGACGCUGAGAAAACACUUCUGGAGAAAGAGCUGGAUCAGUCAAUCAGCGAGCGUGACGUGCUGGGCACGCAGCUGACUCGCCGCAACGAUGAGCUGUCCCUGCUCUACGAGAAGAUCAAGUUCCAGCAGUCGGUGCUGAACAAGGGCGAGGCGCAGUACAGCCAGCGGGUGGAGGACAUCCGCCUGCUCAGGACGGAGAUCAAGAAGCUGAGGCGCGAGAAGGGCAUCGUCACCAAGAGCGUCUCCCACGUGGAGGACCUCAGGCGAGAGGUUAACCGCAUGCAGAAGGAGCUUCUUAAAGAGCAAACAAGAUGCCAAGCCCUGGAGGAACUGCACAGGAAGCCCAUGAAUGUUCAUCCCUGGAGAAGACUCGAGGCGAGUGACCCCAGCACCUUCGAGCUGCUCCAGAAGACUCAAACUCUUCAGCGGCUCCUGCUAAAAAAAACUGAGGAGGUGGUGCAGAAAGAUCACUUGCUCCAGGAGAAGGAGAAGCUGUAUGUGGAGCUAAAGCACGUGCUGGCUCGUCAACCUGGGCCAGAGGCAGCCAAACAGAUUAACAUCCUUCAGCACACACUGAAGAAGAAGACCAAAGAGCUCCAGGCGAUAACGGCUGAAGCCAGUGCAUUCCAGGCCAAAACAAUGCAGUACAAGUGUGAGAUUGAGUAUCUCACCCAGGAGAUGCAGGACUUGAAGAAGAAGUACCUGGCCCAGAAACGCAAAGAGCAGGAGUGCAGGGAGAAGGAGAGUGCUCUGCCCGCCAUCGCACCUCAGCGUCCCAGCGGGGCCCGCUUCACCGGAGGAGGGUUCAACCUGAAACAGGCCAGAAACAUGCCCUGCUAGAACCUGUGAAUGUGGCCUCAUGAACAUGAGGACAGAACAGAAGAGAGAGAGAGGGUGAGAGGGAAAGACAGAGAACGAACAAAAGGCAGGUCUCAAGUUGUAGAAGGUCACAGUGCCGCUGCUGGACAUAUGUAUACCCGAUCAGGAAAAACACUGGGCCAGAAAGUGGAUGGUUUAAUGUUUCUUCCUAAAUACACCAAAAUUCCAUUUCACCAUGCUUUACGUGUAUUAGCGCCUUUUCCAGAACUGCUUUGUGAUGA